AUGCAUUUCCUUGCAUUUCCAAUCUCAUUGCUCCUUUCAGCUAUUACCCUAUCCCAAGCCGCUCCCACAGGGAACAGUAUCAACGCCAGCACAACCACCAAUACCACCCAGCUCAACGCUUCCAGAUUACCAUCCGGAGCCAUUAUCACCCGCUGUACCAUCCCGGACACAAUCGCCCUCACUUUCGACGAUGGCCCGUACAUCUACACAUCCCAGAUACUAGAUACCCUCGCCCAACGCGGCGCAAGGGCAACCUUCUUCCUCAACGGCCAUAACAGGGGAAACAUCGAUGCAUCACCCGAGAUAGUGCAGCGUGCAUUGGCAGAAGGACACCAGUUGGGAUCUCAUACAUGGAACCACGCCUCCCUCGAUACCCUCUCAUACGAAGAAAUCGUAUACCAAAUGACAAUCCUCGAAGAAGCCUUCACACGCAUCCUAGGCUUCUUCCCGACCUACAUGCGCCCCCCGUUCCUCAGACACACGCCCGUCGUUCUCGGCGCUAUGGCCGAUCUGGGAUACCAUGUCAUUGGGGCUAGUGUUGAUACAAAGGACUAUGAGAAUGAUAAUCCUGAUACGAAUUGGGUUAGCUUUGAAAAGUUCAAGAGGGAGGUUGAUGCUGGUGGCACCAUUGUGUUGGCCCAUGAUUCGCAUCAGCAUACGGUUGAGAUUUUGGUGGAUAAUAUGCUUGCGGAUGUUCAGAGAAGGGGGUUGAGACCUGUUCCUGUUGGCGAGUGUCUUGGUGAUCCGUCUGAGUUUUGGUAUCGUGCUGGGAGGUAG